UCAAUUAUGUAGUCUAUUCUAUUAUCCGCCAUCAGUUCAAAAAUUCAUUUGGGUGGCUCUAAGUUGCUCAGCAAAUCAAUAUUUUGGGUUCCACACAAAAAGCUUUUUGUCUUCAUUUCCACUUCAAGCUGGUAUUUUUAUGCCUCAAGAAGCUGCAACUAAUUGCAUUAGUGCAUAGUGUGGAAUACCCUUUUCGGGGAGGAAGAAUUUGUGUCCAUGGAGAAAAACAAUGUUGACUACAGUCCUUUGCUUUCUCCUCGUGGCGAUGAAAGUGCAAGCAAGACAUUAUCAUCUUCUCUUGUGUCAGCUACUAAAGGGACUCUCAAGUUUUUUAUCUGCGUGAUCUUUGUUUUGUGGACAGCUUUUAUCUUUUUUCAACCUGCAAAGCCUGUGAAUAAAUUGUUUUCAACAUGGAAUGAGCUCAACCGUAACUCUCCUUUUGGAAUCACAGGAAGCAUUUUUGUGGUGUUCACUGCCCCACUUCUCAUAAUUGCAUUUCUUGCCAUUGCGCACCUAAAUCUUACCGGGGAGGAUCAGCUUCAAGGGAAGAAGAGUUCCAAACAUCCUAGGUUCCGCCUAUGGACAUUUCCUGUGCUUAUCAGAGGACCAUUUGGGGUUGUUUCUGCCACAGAGUUAAUUGGGAUUGUCCUCUUUUUGCUGUAUGUUCUCUGGGCUACUUACGCUUAUAGUGUGGAGGCCCUUGGAAUUAUCUCUGAAUCUGAUAUGUCAUCCUUUAGAGAGAAGAGCAUAUUCAUGAUAAAAAUUAUGGGACUUCGAACCGGAGCAAUUGGAUUAAUGUGUUUGGCUUUCCUAUUUGUCCCGGUUUCAAGGGGAUCUGUUCUUCUCCGCUAUAUAGAUAUCCCUUUUGAACAUGCCACAAAAUACCAUGUAUGGCUGGGACACCUCACAAUGGUGAUAUUUACUAUCCAUGGACUUCUCUAUGUCAUUGCUUGGGCAAUGGAAGGCCGCCUUGUAAAGGAAUUAGUACAAUGGAAAGAUAUUGGUGUAGCCAAUCUCCCAGGAGUUAUUAGCCUUCUAGCUGGUCUGUUAAUGUGGGUGACCUCUCUUCCUGGAGUGCGAACAUGGAACUUUGAGUUGUUCUUCUACACCCAUCAAUUAUAUGUAGUCUUUGUUGUCUUUUUGGCCUUGCAUGUUGGUGACUUUAUUUUCACUAUGACUGCUGGUGGAAUAUUUUUCUUUCUGCUUGAUCGGUUUCUGAGGUUCUGCCAAUCACGAAGGACAGUUAAUGUAAUCUCUUCAAGAUGCCUUCCAUGUGGCACUGUGGAAUUGGUUCUUUCAAAACCUCAAAAUUUGAGGUACAAUGCUCUAAGUUUCAUUUUCGUUCAAGUCCGGGAACUAUCAUGGCUACAGUGGCAUCCAUUCAGUGUUUCUUCUAGCCCUUUGGAUGGAAAGCAUCACCUUGCUGUUCUUAUAAAGGUUCUUGGCAAAUGGACGGAGAAGUUGAGACAAAGGAUUACUGAUACUGAUGCACAAAAAGAUUCAUCAGUCAUAACAACUUCAGUGGAGGGACCAUACGGCCACGAAGUACCAUACCAUUUAAUGUACGAAAAUCUUAUAUUAGUGGCUGGUGGUAUUGGACUUUCUCCCUUCCUUGCUAUACUGAGUGACAUUCUCCACCGUGUUAGGGAGGGGAAACCCUGUCAACCAAGAAAUAUUUUACUUGUUUGGGCUGUGAAAAAUUCAAACGAGCUUCCACUUCUCUCAACCAUUGACAUGGAAACAAUUUGUCCAUCCUUUUCAGAUACAGUAAACAUUGAUAUUCGUAUUUAUGUCACUCGAGAAUCAGAUCCUCCAUUGGAAGAGGGGUACACUCACAAACCAAUAAAAUCUUCAUUCUGCCCUAUGGCCAGUGAUUAUGGCAUGUCUGUUCUGGUUGGCACAGGAGACAAUUUCUGGUCCGGACUUUAUGUCAUCUCAUCUACAGUUGGCUUUGUGAUAUUGCUGGCUUUGUUGUAUGUUUACUACAUAACCCCAUUUCACAUAGAGAUAUGGUGGUACAAGGGACUACUAUAUGUGAUAUGCAUGGCUGCAAGUGUGGUUAUCUUUGGUGGUUCAGUGGUUGUAUUGUGGCACAAUUGGGAAAAGCAAAGUUAUUUGAAAGAAAAGUCCAAUAAUGAAAAUGUUGAUGACAAGAUUCACCAAAAUGAAUCUUUGGCUCCCAAGGAUCAAAGUCAAGUCAGUAUUGAAAAGUCAACUGUCGUUACCUAUGGUUCCAGGCCAGACUUCAAAGAAAUUUAUGAAUCAAUGUCAAAGAAGUGGGGCCUUGUUGAUGUGGGUGUCAUAGUUUGUGGCCCUUCAACACUUCAGACAAGUGUUGCUGAAGAAAUCAGGUCACACAGCAUGACAAGACAACGCCAUGAUUCCAUCUUCCAUUUCCACAGCCAUAGCUUUGAUCUCUAGCUCCCCAAAAGGAAGAUGGAAGACACAUAUAUGUGUGUGUGUAUAUAUAUAUAUAUAUUCCCUCCUAAAAUUAGAAUCCUUCUGAGGAUUAUAGAACUUAGAAGGGUUCUAGAAUUGUCACCAGACAUGUUUUAUAUGCAGUUUCAGGGAUGAUUAUAAUGUUAAUCUUCAGUUUUCUGUGGCUUCUUUCAGUCUCAUCUCUUAGAAGUGUAAAUUACUGGAUCAGAGGAUACCUUAAAUCCGAAGCAAAUACUAUUUUAAAGUAAUUUUCA